AUGGCGGCUCUCGAAAUCAUCAAGGACCUGCAGCAGCUUGCUGAACGAGAAGCACAUGGAGAGAGCUCCGCCCUGGUUCACUCUCAGCUCCUCCAAGUACGAAUUCUGAGACCCCUGGUCAUCACAGGACUUGUGAUGGAGCUUGGGCCACGACAAUACAAAGCCAACCUGACGACUCGCUUCUUCGCAAGUCAAGGCAUAGUAGGCGGUUGCAAAUAUUAUACCGACCUCAUGGUGAGGACUGGGAGCCAGAUGGGACCACUGGCCGCACAAGGCUCGAUUCCAGACCCUUUCGAGGCAACCUUUGGCAUGCCGCUCUUCGAAUAUUUUCAAGCAAACCAUGAAUACGGCCAAGCGUUCAACGACUUUAUGAGGGUGCGCCAAUCAAGAUCUACAAGAUGGUUCGAUGUAUACCCGGUACGAGCCAGGAUGGAACAAGCCGGCGUGAAAGACUCAGGUGUGCUGCUCGUCGACGUCGGCGGAGGCCUGGGUCACUGGGCGCAGGAGUUCCGAAAGGCUGUUCCAGCCCAGGAGUACCAUGGACGUGUGGUGGUUCAGGAGCAGCCGGACAUAGUCGACAGGAUAAAUCUUGAUGGGAUUGAAGCUAUGGCUUACGACUUCUUUACUCCACAGCCGAUCGUGGGUGCACGAUUCUACUUGUUCAAACAGGUAAUCCAUGACUGGGACGAUGGAAAGGCAACUAAAAUUCUAGAGCAUGCGGCCGCCGCCAUGGUGCAGGGACAGUCGACUCUCCUCAUUGACGAUUAUGUGCUGCCAGAAGAGAAAGAUAUCGGCAUGAUGAUGGCAAACGGUGGAUGCGAGCGCACCGAGACGCAGUGGAAAAGCAUAAUCUCGGCUGCUGGACUGAAGAUAGUACGGAUAUGGGUUCCCGGUGAUAGCAAGGAGGGAAGCGAAGGCGUAAUCGAAUGUGAAACCUGA